CUGUUAACUGUUCUGAACACAACCUCCUCUGAUCAGCUGACCACAAUGUGAUGCUCUUCGGUUUAGCGUUUAAAAAACACAAACAGCAAUGUUUCACUAAAAUAAUAUAAAUUUUAAAAGGAUUCUUUUGCAGCUUACUGAAGUGACUUAUCCAGUUCGUGGAUUGAUCAUUUGAGUAGUCAUGAUGACUGAGCUUUGGUUGAUCUCUGCUCCUGGAGAGAAGACUUGCCAGCAGACAUGGGAUAAAAUGAACUUGGCCACAACUCAUGCCAACACCCUGUCCACUAACCACAAAUUUAACAUUCCUGACCUUAAAGUGGGAACUCUUGAUGUCCUUGUUGGGUUGUCAGAUGAGCUUGCUAAACUGGACUCUUUCAUAGAAAGUGUGGUGAGGAAAGUGGCCCAGUAUAUGACUGAUGUGUUAGAAGACAGUCGAGAUAAAGUUCAGGAGAAUCUUUUGGCCAAUGGAGUUGAUCUGAUUACAUACGUUAUACGUUUUCAAUGGGAUAUGGCCAAGUAUCCAAUAAAACAAUCCCUUAAGAACAUCUCAGAGAUCAUCUCAAAGCAAGUGAGUCAGAUUGACAAUGACCUUAAAGCUCGAGCGUCGGCUUAUAAUAGCCUAAAAGGCAACCUGCAGAGUCUGGAGAGAAAGAAUGCGGGGAGUCUUAUGAAUAGGAGUUUGGCUGAUAUAGUCAAGAAAGAUGAUUUUGUACUUGACUCUGAAUACCUUAUUACUCAACUUGUGGUUGUUCCAAAGGCAAGUUAUGAAGACUGGCAGAAGACAUAUGAAAUGCUUGCUGAAAUGGUGGUACCAAGGUCCACAAAGUUACUAUUUGAAGAUCAAGAAAACGGGUUGUUUAGUGUUACACUCUUUAGGAAGGCCAUUGAUGACUUUAAAACCAAAGCAAGAGAAAACAAGUUCGUAGUGCGUGACUUUCAGUAUAAUGAAGAGGAGCUGAAAGCAGACAAAGAGCAGAUGACUCGCCUCUCCACUGACAAGAAGAAGCAAUUUGGACCGUUGGUACGUUGGCUUAAAGUUAACUUCAGCGAAGCAUUCAUUGCAUGGAUACACAUCAAAGCUCUCCGAGUUUUCACAGAAUCUGUCUUGAGGUACGGCCUGCCAGUCAAUUUUCAGGCCAUGCUGCUGCAGCCCAACAAGAAGAAUGUAAAGAAGCUGAGAGAUGUUCUGCAUGACCUUUACAAACAUUUGGACAGCAGUGCUACUGUUCUUGAUGCAUCUAUGGACAUCCCAGGUUUGAACCUCAGCCAGCAGGAAUAUUAUCCUUACGUUUACUACAAGAUCGACUGCAACGUCCUAGACUUCAAGUAGAGUUCAGAUUAGAUUGCAUCAUUCUAUGCGUGGCACCUAUCAUUGACCUAUUGUUUAUUCUGUCCUUACCUUUUAGCUGGCAGUUCAUUUAUUUGUAUUCCUGCAGAGUAUCUCACUGUCUGUUCUUGUGUGAUUGGUUGUCAAAUUGCUUUUGCUUUCUUGUUUACAAAUGAAUGAAAGUUUUUAAAAUCUGUCUUUUGAAGACGUGUGGUCCACCAUUGCACAAUAAGACAUCAUUCCACUUUCAAUGAAGCCAUAUGGCUGUGCAUCCAAUCGAUUUUUUUCUUUUCGUUACUAAUCUAUGCAUCACACUGGGAAUGUAGUGAUUGUUUAUGUGGUCAAGUUCUAUAGUGAUUUUUAAAUUAUUUUGUUAAGAAUCAAUAUGUUGUGCUACUGUGAAAAUAAAUGUAUAUUUGAUGUUGUUGAAAAGCAAAAAUAUAUGUCCAUGUGUUGGGUAUAAAUUAUAAUCUCAGUCAAUAACAUAAUAAAACAUAAUUGUGCUUAUCUCA